CAGGUAAAAUUAAUAGAGGCUAUUUUUAAAACUGGUUUAUUUUAUCUAACAAAAAAUUUAAAAAAAAUCUAAUUUUUUAGAUUUACUAUAAUUACUCGCAUUUUUACUAUUAUUACAUCAUCACAUCCUACAAGUAUUACAUUAUAAAGUACAAAGGUCUUAGUUUACUCAAUUUUUGCGUUUAGGAGGCUUUAAAUACUAAUGUAUUGUUAAUAUAUACUCAUACCGAUCAUAAUAGAAUUGAACGCGGUUUAAAUAAAUAUUUAAUAUUAAAGUAAAAUACUCUAAAAGAAAAAAAUCGAUUUUAUUUGAGGUUAUGGCUUCUUCAGGUGUAACAAAAAUUUUAAACUUUUUAAAUAAAUGUCAUGGAUUUGAAAAAGUCAUGCACAAUGUUAAGAUCAUAUCUGCUGGGAAUGGAAAUUGUAUAAGUGAAAUUAAAAUCCUCCCAGAACAAACCAACAUUUUUCACGGAUUGCAUGGAGGAUUUGCAACAACAUUAGUUGACGUUUUAUCAAGUUGUGCUUUAUUAACGCACGAAAAAGGCGAAUGUGGACAUGUUUCAGUCAAUUUAAGCAUAGAUUUUCUUAAAGGGGCUAAAGUUGGUGAUACCAUCGUAAUAGAUUCAAAAACUUUAAAGGUUGGCAAAAAUUUGGCAUUUUUAUCAGUUGAAAUUAAAGAUAAACCAAGCGGAACUUUAUUAGUUAAAGGAUCCCAUACAAAGUAUUUACUUAAUUAAUACUCUUUAAUUAAUUAGUUAUCAUUUUAUUUAUUUUGAAAUUAUUUAAGAAAUUAGAUGA